AUGUGCCAGAGCACCCAUGUGCCUGCCUGCCAGCAACUGGAGAGACCAGAGGAGCAGAACCAAGCAGCAGGCACCCGGCUGGGACCAGGAGUCAGAGACCUGUGUGCCAGUGGUGCCAGCACCUGGAGCGAGUGCAGGGAGGUGGUACAGGCAAACUGUGUCCGCUGGAAGAAAAAGUUCUUAUUUAUGUGUAAAAUCAGUGCCAGUGCCACAACAGGGAUUCUGGAUACUUGCAUUUGUAGGGUGUCUGUACGGAAGGAGUUAAAAGGAGGAAAGGCGUAUGCAAAGCUGGGAUUUGCAGAUCUAAAUCUAGCAGAGUUUGCUGGAUCGGGAAAUACUGUUCGUCGCUGUUUACUGGAAGGUUACGAUACCAAAAAUGCAAGACAGGACAACUCCAUUCUCAAAGUUUUGAUCAACAUGCAGCUAAUGUCUGGAGACCCGUGCUUUAAAAUGCCUCCUUCCACAGCCAUGUCUAUAGCAAUUGCUGGAGAAUCAGAAUCUUUGCAUGAAGACAGGAAAGGCAGAGAAAACUUAAAAGUAGUACAUCUGGGCAUAGCAGAUCUCUCAUCAAAGAGUGCCUCAGUCCCAGAUGAACUUGGUGCAUGUGGACAUUCCAGAACAUCAAGCUAUGCAAGUCAGCAGUCAAAACUGUCAGGCUAUAGCACAUGUCACUCCAGAUCAUCCAGUCUGUCCGACCUCUGCCACAGGAGGAACACCUCGGUGGGCAGUACCUCAACAGGAAUCGGAAGUAUUCUAGAGCCAUGUGAUGAGACUGAGCCAAAAGUAACUGAAGCUAAUAUUGAUACGUCUGUUAAAGAUACACCAUCAGAAAAACUCUGCAG